CCUCCGUGGGGAUGCGUCUUCCGGAAGGACUGGGCGAAGCGCGAGCCACGCCGGUGCGGGAACCUUCGGGAUUGGCCGAGAGGAGCCCUGCGCUCUGACUCCACCCAUUCCCUCCCUAGACAUCCGAGUCGGAGACGCUGGGGAUUGGUUCCCAGGGGACACCCAAAGAAGCCUAGAAAUGGUUCCGCCUCCCUCGCUCGUCCCGGAGAGGGAGCUCCACGGAUUGGUCCGAGGAGUCUCGGCGCGCGCCGACCCGCACUCCAGGGUUGGCUGAGGGUGUGCUCGCGCCGCCGGAAAGCGUUGACGCUGAUUGGCCGGGGGGUGGGGCCGGCUAUUUGAAGGAGGCGCGCGGACCUAAUACGCACUUCAGUCGGCGGACAGAAGAGGCGGGAGCGGGUUUGUGUAACGCUACCCGCCUGACCAUAGAGGACUCCGGCGCGGGCUCGGCCCCAGCUGUGGCCUCUGCCGCGUCCGGCAAGGCGAUGGCCAAGGUUUCCGUGCUGAACGUGGCGGUGCUGGAGAAUCCGAGCCCUUUCCACAGCCCCUUCCGGUUCGAGAUCAGCUUUGAGUGCAGUGAGGACCUGGCGGACGACCUAGAGUGGAAGAUCAUUUAUGUUGGCUCCGCUGAGAGUGAGGAGUUUGAUCAAAUCCUAGACUCCGUGCUGGUGGGGCCUGUUCCGGCAGGGAGACACAUGUUCGUCUUUCAGGCUGACGCCCCCAACCCGUCCCUCAUCCCCGAGACUGACGCCGUGGGUGUGACCGUGGUCCUCAUCACCUGCACCUACCACGGCCAGGAGUUCAUCCGCGUGGGCUACUAUGUCAACAACGAGUACCCGAGUCCCGAGCUGCGGGAGAGCCCGCCCCCGAAGCCAGACUUCUCUCAGCUCCAGAGGAACAUCUUGGCCUCAAACCCCCGCGUGACCCGUUUCCACAUCAACUGGGACAACAACAUGGACAGUCUAGAAGCCAUAGAGAACCAGGACCCUGCCCUGGGCUGUGGCCUCCCCCUCAGCUGUGCACCCGUCAAGGGCCUGGGUCUCCCUGGCUGCAUCCCGGGCCUCGUCCCCGAGAAUUCCAUGGACUGCAUCUAACUGCAGGAAUCCGGGCCCAACGUGGGCCCAGCUGGGACAGUGGCCAGUCUCCUUGAGCAUGUGGAGGGGGCAGCCGGGCCUCCCGGACAGUCCCAUGGAGGCCACCUGGAGGACUUUGGGGCCAUCAGCUACACCAAGGCGGGUCAGACAUGGCUCUGAGGAAGGAGCGGGCCUCAGGUCUCUCCUAACCCUGACCCAAAAGGAUCAUCUUCCCUCUACUGCCCAGGCCUGUAAGAAGCAGGUACUUCAGGUUUUCGUUGUUUGUGACUUGUGUCUUUUCUCUCUUCCACACAUACUAUAAAUCUACCAGCGGGCCUUUGUGCCACCGCGGUCCUGUGAGCACCACCGGCCCAGUGCUCCUCCCCCAGACCUCACUCACCUGCCUUGAGACCCUCCCGGUCAAUGCCUGGCCAGGCUCCAGCACUGUUGAGACAAAGGCUGUCAUUCCUGUCCCUCCCCAAACAUCUGAGCAGACCCACCCAGCUUUUUGGAGUCACAGGCAAGGAAUCUUGGUUAGAAGGUGGACUGGGACACAAUUUCUGUCCUUCCUGGACAGGUUUUAGGUCUUUGCAAUCCAACAGCCUCUGGAAGACCUCUUUUCCCAAAGGUGUGUUCCGCAGGAUGCUGAGGAAUGAUGGUCCAACUCUCAGUCCCAAGCACCUUCCUGCCCUCUCCUAAUGAGGUCUGGCUUUCCCUGGAGGCUGCCGGG